AUGCUUAACAAUAGUUGUAUUACAGAAAUACUAUUUCUAGAUUGCACUGAAAUAGUAUUACCUAUUUGCAUAAAUAUCGAUGGUUUACCAAUAUCAAAAAGUUCAGGCAGUCAAUUUUGGCCAAUUCUUAUCUGUAUAGAUUUGCCUACUAUCAAUGAAAAAUGGCAAAAACCGUUUACUGUAGGAAUUUAUCAUGGCUUUAAAAAACCAACCGAUGCUCAUCAAUUUAUGAAUUCGUUUAUAAACGAGUUUCAGAAUUUAGAAAAAAAUGGUUUUGAGAUGAAUGACAGAAUUAUUAAACUAAAAGUUUCUAAACUUCUCUGUGACGCUCCAGCAAAAUCUUUUCUUUUAUGCAUUAAAGGUCACACAGGUUAUUCUAGUUGUACUAAAUGUACUGAAGAAGGAACUUUUGUUAAUGGAAAAGUUGUAUUUUUAGAGAAUAACGUACAGUUAAGGAAUGAUGUGAGUUUUAAAAAUAAAUUGGAUGAUGAAUUUCAUAAAGGUAUAAGUCCUUUUGAAAAAUUGAAUAUGGGUUUAGUUUCACAAGUACCCCUCGAUA